AUGGGGGGAUUAGUUAUCCUCAGGAAGAUGGGGGGAUUAGUUAUCCUCAGGAAGAUGGGGGGAUUAGUUAUCCUCAGGAAGACAGGGGGAAUUAGUUAUGCUCAGGAAGACACGGGGGGGAUUAGUUAUCCUCGGGAAGACAAUAUACUCCACAGCCAGGGUAAUGAUAUAAAUACUGAUGAUAUACUCGAAUGUCAGAGUAACAAUGUGAAUACUGAUGUUAUACUCGAAUGUCAGAGUAACAAUGUGAAUACUGAUGUUAUACUCGAAAGUCAGAGUAACAAUGUGAAUACUGAUGUUAUACUAGAGAGUCAGAGUAACAAUGUGAAUACUGAUGAUAUACUCGAAAGUCAGAGUAACAAUGUGAAUACUGAUGUUAUACUCGAAAGUCAGAGUAACAAUGUGAAUACUGAUGAUAUACUAGAGAGUCAGAGUAACAAUGUGAAUACUGAUGUUAUACUCGAAAGUCAGAGUAACAAUGUGAAUACUGAUGAUAUACUAGAGAGUCAGAGUAACAAUGUGAAUACUGAUGUUAUACUCGAAAGUCAGAGUAACAAUGUGAAUACUGAUGAUAUACUAGAGAGUCAGAGUAACAAUGUGAAUACUGAUGAUAUACUAGAGAGUCAGAGUAACAAUGUGAAUACUGAUGAUAUACUAGAGAGUCAGAGUAACAAUGUGAAUACUGAUGUUAUACUAGAGAGUCAGAGUAACAAUGUGAAUACUGAUGAUAUACUCGAAAGUCAGAGUAACAAUGUGAAUACUGAUGUUAUACUAGAGAGUCAGAGUAGCAAUGUGAAUACUGACAAUAUACUCGAAAGUCAGAGUAACAAUGUGAAUACUGACGAUAUACUCGAACGUCCGAGUAACAAUGUGAAUACUGAUGUUAUACUAGAGAGUCAGAGUAACAAUGUGAAUACUGAUGAUAUACUCGAAAGUCAGAGUAACCAUGUGAAUGUAUCAAUGUGA